AUGGAGAAGAUAGAGGCAGAAUGCGCUGGGGGAAAAGAAUAUUUGGAGAGGGAUGGAUUGGCCUUGAAGUGGGCUACCUUCUCAUUCGGAGCAGCGCGCUAUGGCAACUACACUUCGAAUCCGGUGGAAUCGCACCAUGCCUCUAUGCGCAAGGUUAGAAGGGACAAUCCCGCGCAAGUGCUGCUUUCAUUCAUAAAGCAGCAAGCGACGGCAAUGGAAGAGGGGCGUGCGCUGUAUGGAAGUUUGGGGGUUGCUGAUUUCCCCCCCAAAACAGCAGCCAUCAUCCGAGCUAACUGCCAGACGGGGACACAGUACAAAGUGGAGCGUAUUGGGCGGGGUUCGUAUCAUGUGAGCCGCAGGAUAGGGGCUACGGAGGAGCGUGUGGUGAAGAUGGAUGAGGCGCACCCUGAGAAGACGGUGUGCACGUGUAAAUACAUUAGUGAGUACGGACUCCCAUGCGUGCACAUCUUUGCAGUACUCCUUCAUCUCACCCGGCCUGCUAGAGGGAAUGAGUUGGCGGCUCUACAACAACUGGUGCAAGCCAUGGGUCGUGUGCACACCGUUCUGCGUGAAGUAUUUGGAGGGAUGGGAGGAGGAGGUGAGAAUGGGGGAUGCGGAGAGAUGGGAGGUGCAGGUGAGAAUGGGGGAGGCGGAGGGAUGGGAGGAGGAGGUGAGAAUGGGGGAGGCGGAGGGAUGGGAGGAGGAGGUGAGAAUGGGGGAAUGGGAGGAGAUGCAAGAGCAGGAGGGAGGGGAGUAGUGCGAGAUGAAGGAGGAAUGGCUGAUGUUAGAGGAGUGGCUGAGAGAGGGGAAACGACUGGAAUGGGAAGAGGAACAGGGAGGGGAGGACAUACGGGGAGGGGAGGGCAUACAGGGAGGGGAGGACAUGCAGGGAGGGGAGGACAUGCAGGGAGGGGAGGAGUGGCAGGGAGAGGAGGAGCAGCAGAGAGUGGGGGAGUAGGAGGGUGGGGUGGAGCAGGUGAAAACGCAGGAGUCGGAAGGAGGGGAGGAGUAGCAGAGAUUGGGAGAGGCGGAUGGAGGGGUGGACCAGCAGAAACAAGGGGAAGGGCAGGGAGAGGAAGAGGACAAGCGGAGAGGCGUGGAUUCCGGGCGAGGCAAGGAGCAGACAGGAGUGGAGUGGAGACGGCUGAGAGACAGCCAACAGUGAGUGUAGGAGUGGGACCAAGGGGAGGGGUGGGGGGUGAGAGAGGACCAGCAGUGAGCGGUGGAGUGGGGCUGAGAGGAGGAGCCACAGAGAGUGGAGGGGUGGGGGGUGAGAGAGGACCAGCAGUGAGCGGUGGAGUGGGGCUGAGAGGAGGAGCCACAGAGAGUGGAGGGGUGGGGGGUGAGAGAGGACCAGCAGUGAGCGGUGGAGUGGGGCUGAGAGGAGGAGCCACAGAGAUUGGAGGGGUGGGUGGAGGUGUAGGAGAUCAUAACGAUGGUGAUAACGUCAUUCGUUUUCGGUUGCGGCGAAUGCAGCACCUGCGUCAGCAGAGACAGGUGGCAUCCGAGUCAGGUCGUGGGGAUCAACGGCCAGCAACAGUGGAUGCUGAAGCAAGCGGGGAGGAGAGAGAGGAAACAGGGAGUGUGGAGCCAAGGGGAGGGGCCAGGCAGGUUGUACAGGCCCCGUCUGGAAAGGUUGACUUUCCCAACAUUAAAGAGAUGGAGGCCUCGUAUUUGCAUGCGUAA